UGGCGUACGUCAUCAUCCUGCUGACCAUCCUGUCCAUCUGCGCCAUCUGUACCAAUGGUGCCAUCCAGGGGGGCGGGGCCUACUUCAUGAUCUCGCGGACGCUGGGCCCCGAGUUCGGAGGCAGCAUCGGGCUCAUGUUCUACCUGGCCAACGUCUGCGCCUGCGGGGUCUACAUCCUGGGGCUGGUGGAGGCCGUGCUGGACGUCUUCGGGGCAGAGGGAACAGACCCCCCUGGCACCCGCGUCCUGCCCCAGGGGUAUUUCUACAGCUUCCUCUACGGGUCGGUGGUGCUGCUGCUCUGCCUGCUCGUCUGCCUGGUGGGGGCCCGGAUCUACGCCCGGGCCGCCUUCCUCAUCUUCCUGGUGGUCAAUCUGGUGCUGGUGGCCAUUUUCGUCAGCUUUGUGGCCGUGGGGCCCCGCCAGGUCACCAUCGCCCGGGACGCCAACCACACCUUCAACACCAGCUUCACCGGCUUCCGCCUGGCCACCCUGCGGGCCAACCUGCCCGCCAUUUACUGCCGUGAUUACAGACCACCAACAAACGUAAUGACGCUUCGCCACGUCUUUGCCGUCAUGUUCCAAACGCUGCACCGGCAUCAUGGCCGGGUCCACAUGUCAGGGGAGCUGAGGAACGCCAGCAGCUCCAUCCCCAAGGGCACCAUCAUCGCUGUGGUUUACACCUUCAUCAUCUACUUCCUCCUCUUCCUCAUGACCAGCUUCACCUGUGAGAGGACACUGCUGAAGGAAGACUACGGCUUCUUCCGUUCCAUCAACCUGUGGCCGCCCCUGGUGCUGGUCGGUGUUUACGCUGCCUCCCUCUCAGCCUCCAUGAGCUCCCUCAUCGGGGCCUCCCGCAUCCUGCACGCGCUAGCCAAGGAUGACCUGUUUGGUAUCGUCCUGGCUCCGGCCAAAAUCAUCUCCAAAGGGGGUAAUCCCUGGGUGGCCGUUCUGUACACCUGGGCCCUGGUGCAGCUGGUGCUGUUCGCGGGGAAGCUGAACACCAUUGCCGGGAUCGUCACUAGUCUUUUACCUGGUGGCCUAUUGCGGCCGUGGACCUGCCCUGACUGGCACGGAGCUGGGCGUCUGCCCCCAAUGUUCCGCCCCACCUUCCAGCUGUUCAGCUGGCACACCUGCCUGCUGGGCAUCGCCAGCUGCCUGCUCAUGAUGUUCCUCAUCAGCCCCGCGGGCGCCUCGGGCAGCCUGGUGCUGAUGCUGGCGCUGCUGGGCUUCAUCCACCUGCGGGCGCCCGCCAGCUCCUGGGGCUACAUCAGCCAAGCCCUCAUCUUCCACCAGGUGCGGAAGUAUCUGCUUCUCCUGGACGUGCGCAAGGAGCACGUGAAGUUCUGGCGCCCCCAGAUGCUGCUGAUGGUGGCGAAUCCCCGGAGCGAGGCCCAGCUCAUCCGCUUCGUCAACGACCUCAAGAAGGGGGGGCUCUUCGUGCUGGGCCACGUGGAGAUCGGCGAGCUGGACACGAUGCCCUCCGACCCCAUCCAAGCUCACUACAAUUUCUGGCUUAGCCUGGUGGAUAAACUCAACGUGAAGGCGUUCGUGGAUCUGACCCUCUCGCCUUCAGUCCGACAGGGGACCCAGCACCUGCUGCGCAUCACGGGGCUCGGCGGCAUGAAGCCCAACACGCUGGUGCUAGGUUUCUACGACUCCUUUGUCCCCGACGACUACUUCCUCUGUGACCCAGCCUUCAGCCAGGCCCGGGAGAACGACCACUUUGGGGUGGACCUGCCGGCCCUCCAGGCCCACUUCCCCCCGGUGCGCGGGGCCAGCGCCCCCAAAGCCCUGCCACCCACCGAGUAUGUCGCCAUUGUCUCGGACGCCGUGAAGAUGCACAAGAACGUCUGCCUGGCCCGCUACUUCCCGCUGUUGGACAAGGAGCGGCUCUUCUCCUCCAAGGCUGAGGGCUGCUUCGUGGACGUGUGGCCCCUCAAUCUCCUGCGCCCCGACACCCCGGCGUACGUGGACGUCUGUAGCCUCUUCCUGCUCCAGCUGGCCUGCAUCCUCACCAUGGUCAGCUCCUGGCGGGCCGCCUGUCUCCGGCUGUUCCUCUGCGUGGAGUCGGGCGACCGGGGCUGGGUGGCCAAGGAGGAGAAACUCAAGGAGCUGCUGAGCAAGCUACGGAUCAAGGCGGCCAUCCGGGCGGUCACCUGGGACCACGUGGUGGCCCUCCACGGCCAGCGGCUGGCGGCGGGCGAGCCCUUCCUCAACUCGGCCGCCUGCCAGGUGACGGACGAGUACCUGGCGGCUGUCAACGCCUUGGUGCUGCAGCAAGGGGGCCAGGUGGCCGUGAGGUUCCUCUACUUGCCCCGGCCGCCGGCCGACACCUCCAUGUACGAGCGGUACCUGGAGCAGCUGGAGAUCCUCACCCGGGACUUAGGGCCCACCUUGCUGGUGCACGGCCUCACGCCCGUCACCUGCACCGAGCUCUGAGGAGGCCCCCCCCCCCCACGCCCUGGCCGUGCCGGAGGAGGACAGUGGGGUAGGACCGUGGAGAUGUUGUUCAGGUCCCGGCGAGGGCCUGGGGAACUCCUGGAGACUGCGCCGGGCUGUGACUUCCUGCAUCUGAGAGAGUGGGGUGCAUGGCCAGGAGCUGGGGGACCCAUGUCCCAUGGGAUUAGCUGAGAGGGGGGCUGGCUUUAGAGCCCCUAAAUCCUAGUGCCUGUAAUAAGCAGGGGAGGAGAGACUCCCCCAAACUGAGGCUGCAGUAUGGGGGGGUUGACCCCACAAUUGGCUGCCUUUUCCCCUCAUUGAUCUUGCGCUGUACCCCAUUAUCUCUGCACCCCCACAUUCCUUCACUGCUUCAUAAGGGGUCUCCAUUUUCUCCAGAUAUCCCUAAAUCAAGGCACCCCACAUUCCUUCACUGCUUAGGGGUUGCCAUUUUUCCCAGGUGCCCCCAAAUCAAGGCACCUCACCGUGUCAAUCUCCUUCCAUUACUGUUUGGGAGGGAGUCCCCUUUUUUUGCCCAUGGGCCCCCCAUCACUGUAUCCCCUAAUCUUCCUCAGCACCCCUCUUUCAGGGCUUAGUGGGGGGGUUCUCCAUUUUUUCCAGGCACCUCCAGAUCACUGCAACCCGAAUUCUCCAUCUCCACCUCCUGAACCCCCAAAAAAUCCUUCUUGGGGAUUUUGCCUCUUCUGCAUUCCCUGCUCUCUUCCAAGGAGGCCCCAGGCCUCCCAAAGCCUGUUGCCUUAGCUCUGUGCCCCCCACAACCUUGUGUCUGGGGGCGGGGGGAGUGUCUAGCACCCUAAAUAUUGAGUAUCCUACUCCAGCAGGCCACAAAGUGGUGCCCUUAAAUAACCCAGCUGGGAUUAACCCCGGGCAGGGGGGAGAAGCAGCAGGGUCCCACACAGCUGGACCCCCCAAACCACCACCCCCCCCCCACAGGCAGCUUAUUUAUACUGUUAGGACUAUUGUUUUGGUUAAUGUUCUCGUGCGGAUACCUCAUGUAACACAACUGACCAGCGCCCCCCAGAGGAGGGGGUAAUAACAGGAAGCUAAGGGGGGGGUCUUUAGACAUGUAUUUUAACGAGCGCACUCAAUAAAUGGACAAUGCGAAAAAGGA